CAACCUGCACCGUGUUUUGUUUGUCUGUCUGCGCAGCAGUGAUGAAAUCGCGGGGUCUGCUGCUGCUGGCUCGCUACAAACGGAGGAAAUCUCUCCUGACUUCCCGCUCAUGAGGACCGCGGUGGCACCGGAGGACGCACGGAGCAGGACCGAACGGGAGCAGCAGCGCCGGGGCUGUGGAGUCAGGUGCUGCUGGAUGAGAGUCUGACUAGGCAUUUUCUCCCCGGUGACAGAGACAAUCUCAGCGGCGCAUCUUCCCACAUCCUCCUCCCCUCCCUUCUCCUCUCCUCUCCUCCUCCGCUGCCCUCCAAGCCUGCAGCCCACCGACCAUGGCCCUGGUGACUCUGCAGCGCUCCCCCACUCCCAGUGCAGCAUCCUCGGCCAGCACGACCAACAGCAGUGCGGGGGAGGAUUUUGGAAGUGAUGAUGAGCGGAAAAAUAAUCAGAGCCUCAGUGAGAGCUUCUUCAUGGUCAAAGGAGCCGCUCUGUUCCUCCAGCAGGGCGGCAGCGCACAGGGACCAAAGACCCCGACCCACCACAAGCAUGCAGGUGAUUUACCUCAACACCUGCAGGUCAUGUUCAAGAUCCUCCGAUCUGAAGAUCGCAUUAAGCUGGCUGUACGGUUAGAGAGCGGCUGGUCAGACCGAGUGCGCUACAUGGUCGUCAUCUACACCAACGGCCAUCAAGAUACGGAGGAAAACAUCGUCCUGGGAAUGGACUUUACAGACAAGGACAGUAAAAAUUGCUCUAUUGGGAUGGUGCUGCCACUGUGGAGUGAUACCAACAUACAUUUAGACGGAGAUGGAGGCUUCAGCGUGAACACGGCAGGGCGGUCACAUGUCUUCAAGCCUGUGUCGGUUCAGGCCAUGUGGUCUGCUCUGCAGGUCCUCCACAAGGCAUGCGAGGUGUCGCGCCGCUUCAACUACUUCCAAGGUGGCAUCGCUCUCACGUGGAUGGCCUUCUAUGAGAGCUGCAUCACCUCAGAGCAAAGCUGCAUCAAUGAGUGGAACGCUAUGACCGACCUGGAGUCCACCCGGCCUGACUCGCCCACCAUGUUCGUCGACCGGCCGACUGAGCGAGAGAGAACAGAGUGCCUCAUUAAAGCCAAGCUACGCACCAUCAUGACAUUUCAAGACCUGGAGAACAUCACCUCAAAGGAGAUCCGUAACGAGCUGGAGCAGCAUAUGAGCUGUAACCUCAAAGAGUACAAAGAGUUUAUCGACAACGAGAUGCUUCUGAUCCUGGGUCAGAUGGACAAGCCCACACUUAUCUUUGAUCAUGUGUACUUGGGCUCUGAGUGGAACGCCUCCAACCUGGAAGAACUACGUGACUGCGGAGUGGGCUACAUCCUCAAUGUUACCAGAGAGAUUGACAACUUCUUCCCAGGGAUGUUCUCUUAUCACAAUGUCCGCGUGUACGACGAGGAUGCCACCGACCUGCUGGCCCACUGGAACGACACCUACAACUUUAUAGUCAAAGCCAAGAAGAACAAUUCCAAGUGCCUGGUGCACUGUAAGAUGGGGGUGAGCCGGUCUGCCUCUACAGUAAUUGCCUAUGCAAUGAAGGAAUACGGCUGGUCCCUGGAGAAAGCCUACAACUUCGUCAAGCAGAAACGGAGUAUAGCUCAGCCGAACGCUGGUUUCAUGAGACAGCUGGCAGAGUACGAGGGAAUCCUGGACGCAAGUAAACAGCGCCACAACAAGCUAUGGAGGCCUGGAACAGAUGAGGAGGGAUCAGAGGAUUUGCAAGCCUCUGGUCACUGCACUGGUGGGGAGGAGACACCAGUGCUCAGAGGGGAAGAAGCCUGGGGAGGCUGCGGAGCCUCUCCCUGCAGGGGUAUGGGUCUAGAGAUGGAGCCUCUUGAUUCUCUCAACUAUAACUAUUACUUCAGACGUUUGUCAGACUCUGCACUAGACAGUGAGCCCUCCACCCCGGUGCGGGGUCCCCCUCUGCUCGGUAUGGAAAGAGUUUUCAUUGAGAUUGAAGACGUAGAGAGGGAUGCCCUGUUGGAGGAUGAGGGUUUCCCCAUGGCCCAUUUAGCCCUGCCUGGCGAGGGCACGGCAGCUCAGACGUGUGGGCGCCUCGACCCCCUGGAGGAUAUGAGGCUGAGGCUCGAGAUCAGCACUUUGGAGGAAGAGGAUGAGGAAGAGGCCAAGAAAGAGGAGGCUGAGAUGGCGGCCUUGGCUCAAACGCCUGGAAAUUCGGAUGGGAAGAGGGCAGGGGAUGAGGCCGAGAGGACGGAGGAAAGUCGGUUGGGCCUGGCCAACCUGAAUACCAACAACAGCAACCGCCUGGCCGCCAAGCGCAGCUGCCCUGCAGCUUUUGACGACAGUGCUAGCACAGGAAACCCUUUAAAAGUGAAGCCCUCCUAUCAGUCCUGUAAAGACUGCCUGCGUCUACCACAAGGGCGGCGCUGUGACCGUCCAGCAGGAGGCCGUUCUCAUCGCCUUAACCCCUCCCGUCACUGCACUGUCCCCACUAUAUGCAUAGAUCCGCCCGGGACCAAUUUUGCCUCCACCCCAAUUCUGCAGUCCCUCCAAACCCCUGCAGUUGUCCCACCUAACUUGGUCCAGCCCUGUAGUCAUCUGUACCGCUGUGCCACCUGCACCCCCGGUGUCCCACCUGUCCCGCAAACCAACCUCCAGAAACUUAUCUCACCCAUGAGCUGUGAGGAGACGCCUCCUGACCGCAGCUCGGUGGAGACAGAGGACAUGGAUGAACCACAGGGGGACGGCGUGGGAGGAGAAAUAACGAGGGAGGAUGCAGGGCGCAUCAGUGCGACUUCGGCUGAAGGUUUAGAAUUACAACCUGAUGGUGCAGUGGAGCUCCAGCAGCAGGCACUGGCCCAGCUGCAAAUGCCAGGACUGGGUAUAGAAUUUGGCCUGGAGCUGAUGCGACAGAGGGCAGAGCAGCUGGAGAAGCUGCCAAGCUUGGCCAUGGAGGGCCAGCUCCCAGUGGGGCCCCUGCCUUAACAUAUACAUGGAUGAGAUGCCUCCAGCAGGUACACUAUGAUGGCUGUGGGUCUGUAGAUGACUGCCGCUGUGGUGUCAUACCAGAAACGAAGCUCUGCUCUGACCUGUACUGUUAUGUCCUGGCCUCAUAGCUGCACUGUCACAAGCUGCAACAGCCCUCUCUGUACUUCCAGAGAGUCUCCUGUCAUUAUCUACUGGCAUUAAGACCAAGAUGAGGCUGCUUGUUUUGACCAUACGCUAAAGGCUUGGACGCUUUUGGCCACUUAAGGACUUGAGACUUUCCUAUGUCCUUCCACUUCUCCCUUAAACCUGACUGAGGCCGAUCUGGUCUCUUCUGAGCCUGUCAGCCCUACACCACAUACAGGAUCAUCUCACUUCCCCACAGCCCAGUGGAGAUGAGCAUUAUGCUGCCAUUUUACCCUCAACAGACAGGUUUGGCAUAUUCCCAAGAUAGGAGACAGUGGUGGUUUGUAAGAUCUGGUUGUUCCUUUUUAACUACUGAGAACGCUAUAGCUAGCACUUUGAUGUUGAUGGAAAGAGAAAUACCUGAAGUAACAUGCUUCUGUCAGUGUACUGUAUGUUUUUCAAUCCUAACUCAUCAACAGUAUUCAUGAAGGAGCUCAAUGAAUGUUUGCAGUUGAGCCAUUUUGAUUGCAUCCAGCAUCUCCUCAUGUUACCGCUGAUAGCUGAGUCCUCUCUAACCGUCACUUAUGUUUUCCCUGCUGCAGCUGCUUCCACACCACGGAAGGGCAUUUCAUGUGGAAGCAUAAUCAUUUUUAAAAAGGAUGUGAGCCUUUUUAUGCCUCUUUGUAAAGCGUCGUACCUCGGACCACAAGCAUCUCGAACUGUUUUGGUCAAAGACUCUUCUGUUGUCUCUGCUCAGUGGCUGGUUCACCCUGACCUCCUCCAUUAAAGUUACUGUAAUCACGUACUUAAAGCACUCAUUUAAGCCCCAUGCAUGACUUUGCAGUAUUACAGAACAUAUCAACAUGCUUAGGAAGAAAACAUAUUUAAUUCGUGUUUUUUAAAUACUAAAAAAACAAAGUUUUGACAUUCAAAUGUGUCAUUCUUCAGUUUAAGUGAGCAGCAUUCAUUCAUUCAUCAGAUGGAUGAUAAAUUGGUUGAAUUGGACCUAACCUCUCGUCUUAUGCCUGAAAGAAUGACAAAAAAGACCGAAGAAAUAUUUUAAGUUGUUGGAAUUCAUUUAUUUAAAUGUCAGGAAACAUUCAGAAGCUCAAAUGUAAUUUUGUUUUCCCCACCUGAUCUGAUCACUUUCUGAUGUAACCAAAGCCAUAUCUUGUUGCCAGGUCCAGUGAAUCACCGUCAUGAUUUAAAGUCUUCUCUUACUUUUUUACCCAGUCUGCAUCUCAUUGGUCAUUAAAGGGAUAGUUCUUUUUUUUUUUUUUUUUUUUUUCAGUCCGAGAAGUUCAAGUAUCUUGGGGUCUUCUUCAUGAGCAAGGGUAGAAUGGAGUGUGAGAUGGUUCGGCAGCUUGGUGCAGAGUCUGCAGUGAUGUGGGUGCUGGGCUGGACCGUUGUGGUGAAGAGGGAGCUGAGCUGAAAGGCGAAGCUUUCGAUUUACUGGUCCAUCUAUGUCCCAGCUCUCACCUAUGGUCAUGAGUUCUGGGUAGUGAUCGAAAGAAUCAGAUCGCAGAUACAAGCGGCCGAAAUGAGUUCCUUUCGUGGGGUGGCUGGGUUGAGCCCUAGAGAUAGGGUAAGGUGUUCAGAUAUCCAGAGGGAGCUCGGAGCAGAGCCGCUGCACCUUUGCGCCGAAAGGGGUCAGUUGAGGUGGUUCGGGCAUCUGAUUAAGAUGCCUCCUGGGCGCAGGUAGGAGGCCCCAGGGUAGACCCAGAACCUCCUCCCCAGGAGGAGCUGGAAAGAGUUGCUAGGGAGAGGGACGUCUGGAGUGCUUUGCUUAGCCUGCUGCACCCAUGACCCAGCCUUGCAUAAGUAGAUGAAAAUGGAUGGAUGGAUGAGAUACUUAUUAAUAGUAAGUGUGUUACAUACAGUAGAUAGCGGUCAGUGCACUCCCUGUCUGCAGAAACCAACAGAGCUUGCACCCUAGAAACUCAGCUAAGCAUUGCUCUGGAUUAGGGUUAAAUGCAAAACUUUUAGCAACCUAAAAAAUCGAUAUCACUCUAAGUGGACAUUAUAUAUACAGUAUUUUCACUGCUUUACUUUGCCUUUUCUAUUGGCGCUACAUUUUCUCAACCGUAUAACUCUGCAUUCCUACAUGAAAACGCCCAACUGUGCCCUGCACUGUGUUAGCAGAGCAUAGCUUCUGGGGUGCUAGUCCUGUCUAUUUCUGCAAACAGGGAGCACAUUGACCACUACUGUAUGUAAUAAACUAACAAUAGUCCCACUUCAAAAAUCCCAGACUAUCCCUUUAAUCUAAGUGGCUCCCACAGUAAACAUGGCUCACCCAGUUAACUUUUUGGCCACAAGCUACAAAACCACAAGCUACCUUUCCCUAAACCCACAGACAUUUGCAAAGGCACACUAAACAUGUAUAGAUUUAGCACUUGAGCACAACUCUAGUAUCCGUUCACACAGCGCACAGACACGUUUCAGAUCUGUAGCUACGUUUAAACAAAUUCAUUUGAGAACAUUAAAGUAGUUCUGCUCUUUGCUUGCAGUGUAGAGUCCACCCUUGUGAUUAUAGUUUAUUUGAUCUAAGAAUUCUAUAUUAUUAUUAUAAUUCCAACUCUUAAAAUUACAAAUUGAAAUAUUUAUAUUUACAGUGUGAACAUUAGAAAUUAUAUUCUUUAUUUACAAUACGAGAUUUCCUUGAUUUUUAAAUUCAGAGCAAGUAACUGAUCAAGGAACUGCAAAGCCCAGCACUCAAAGGUUGUUUAACUCUUUAAGUCUUUUCCGCAUCAUUUAUGUAGUUACUUUUCUACAUGUUCAGACAGCUUGAGGCGUGUUUUGUUUAAAUUGUGCCACCAAUCCAAAGUUGCUGUGCCACAGGGUGUUGCUCUACAAGUUCCUCUGUUUGACUGAUGUUGUGUUCCUCCUUUUUUUGGCACGCUGGGUGUGCUGAACAGUGCCUGUUUGUAUGCAGGAAAAGCACAUGCGAGUGUUAUCAUAACUGUGUUUAAAGAUCUGAGUGCUUCAGAAGAAAACUGUGCAAAGAAUGAAUGCAAAUUAUUUAAACAUCUUUAACCACGGGGUUAUUGUAGUUUUUUUUUUUUUUUUUUUGUAGAUUUAGCUCUUUUUUAGUUAGAUCGGUAGAAACCUUGACAGUGCACCCCCUGUUCCUUCCCCUCCCUUCACUGGACCCCAGGGAGCUGCAGGUUUCCUCCGCUAGUUAGAUUUAAGUAAUUUAGUUUUUCCUUUAGCCUGUUCUUUCCCUCACAUGAGCAUGAUGUAACAUAAGGCACUUGCAAAGUUGCUGACAGCAUUUGAUACUACAGACUAUGUCCAAAAAUGUGAAAAAUGUUAAAAUAACCAUGAAGUUGUUGAUAAAUAUUCAGCUAAAAGAAAUGGGAAAUGUUACACGGUGACAGCCUAUAGAGACAUGAGAGUGGUAUCAAUGCUCUCACCUCAGAAAGAAAGCAAAUAAGCAAAAUGUUGUACUCUUCCUUUAAUAUAUUAUUAAUGUGUUUCUAAUUUAAGCCUGUUGUUGUCAGUGUGUCGACAGGUGGGCCUGAUCAGUGUGCCGGACAUCCACGCAAUGUGCUAAGCACUAAAUCCUUCUGUUUGCGUUCCCAGACCACAGCACUACUUUUGGUUGUUUGCUCCAUGUUUUGAAUUUGUGUUUGUAUUUAAGUGCCUUAACCUUGGCCUUAGCUCCAUCAUAAAGCAUCACAGGCGUCGCAACAGUUUCUGUGAGUGUGUUGAUGGUCUGGCUUUUUGUACAUUACUUAACCCUCACUCCUGAAAUUUAACCGCGCUCCUUGCAAAUGUAUAACUCGGCACAGAAUAAUAAUGUAUGCAAACACACAUAAGCUCAUGCACAGCAGCCUCCUCCACCUCCCCCGAAAAACACACAUACUUGAUGGACUUCCAUUUAUUAAUAGCCUAUAAUAAUAUUGUAUUCGUUUGAUAUUGUUGAAACGUGUGGUACACUGUAUUGGUUCAAUAGCUGGCUGAGGAACCUUGCUGGAAUGAGAACUAUCAUUUACAUUAAAACAUUAGAUAGGAUCGAUUUCAGUCUUUGAAAUUUACCAGUCUGUAUAUAUUUUUCUCUACAAUUUGCUAUGGAGUACAUUAGCUUGCAGAUGUGGUCGAUAUAAAGAAAAGCACUGAUAAUGCUACUGUGUAUUGAGAAGUACUCAUAAUUAAGUUCUCGUGUUUGUACCACAGCAAAAAAAAAAAAAAAAGACUUUGGGCCAUCUCUAAUUUAAGCAAACGUCUUCGGGCUCUAUUAAAAAAGGCAACGAUUGAAUUUUUUUAUUGCAUUAUUCCCAGGCAGCAGGCAUCAAACUGACAAUCCUACUAGAGCCAGACGCUGAGGACUUUGUGUGGAAGGAUAUUAAGACAUAUUGUAAUUUAAAACAAGGGGGAUGCAGGCAUUUAUAGUGUAUUUAUAGAGCACAAGUCUGCCCCAAAGCAUGCGAGGUUGAGACGAGUGGAAAAUGUAGAACAUGAAAAACCUACCUGGGAGUAAGAUUUUGUUUUGUUAAUUGUUUUUUGUUAACUUUUGUGUACUGUACUGUACAUUGCCAAUGUUCAUGUGUAAUGCACUUUUUUUUACAUUUUGUUAAAAUGAUGU